AUGCGAGUCGGUGGGAGAAUCAAGCAAUCUACACUCAACUACAACGCCAAGCACCCGAUUCUGAUACCUAAAGAUACACCACUAGCUGGACUGCUGGUUCGACAUUUUCAUGUCUCCUAUCUGCACACUGGAGUUGAUGCAACGUUCACCAAUCUUCGUCAGCCUUACUGGAUUCUGGGAGCCCGCAAUCUCGUCAGAAAGGCAGUCUUCCAAUGCAAAUCCUGUUUUCUUCAACGAAAGGGCACAAGCAACCAGAUCAUGGGAGAGCUGCCAAUUCCACGAGUUCAAGCUAGCCGCUGCUUUCAACACACAGGGCUGGACUACGCUGAACCGAUCGCAAUCAAGGAAUCAAAAGGAAGAACUCCACGCAUCGGAAAGGCAUGGUUUUCUAUUUUCGUGUGCCUCACUACAAAGGCACUUCACAUCGAGGUUGUUAGUGAGCUAACUACACAGGCUUUCAUCGCAGCCUUUCAACGAUUCAUUGCCCGCCGAGCGAAGCCUACUGACCUGUAUUCGGACAACGGAACUACAUUUCAUGGAGGCAAGCGAACUUUGGAUGACAUGAGACGUCUGGCCAUUCAACAAGCCAAAGAUGAGGAACUAGCAGGAUUCUUUGCCAAUGAAGGGAUUUCUUGGCACUUUAUACCCCCGUCUGCUCCCCAUUUUGGAGGGAUGUGGGAAGCUGGAGUUCGCUCAAUUAAACUCCAUAUGAAACGGAUACUUGGAUCAAAGGCUUUAACGUUUGAGGAGCUCUCUACUGUCCUGACCCAAAUUGAAGCUAUCCUGAAUUCACGCCCGCUGUGCCCAACUGGGGAUAAUUCUUUGGAUCCACUGACGCCUGCUCAUUUUUUGACUGGAUCUCCGUAUACUGCAUUGCCUGAACCCUGUCGUCUGGAUAUGCAAGUCAAUCGAUUGGAGAGGUGGAAUCAGCUGCAAGCCAUGGUUCAAGGCUUUUGGAAAAGGUGGCAUAUGGAAUACCUGACAUCUCUUCAUGAGCGGACAAAGUGGCAUCUGGAAACCGAGAAUCUGAAGAUCGACACACUGGUAGUACUCAAGGAGCCCAAUCUACCGCCCUCUAAAUGGAUUCUUGGCCGCAUCACCGCAGUGCACGCAGGAAUCGACGACAAGCACGAGCUGCUGGACGGAUUCAAAAAUUGUGCUACACUGGCUUUCAGCUCCCCCUCGACGGUGGAACACCUACGUCUGCAACCGAACUUCUGA